AGGAGAAGCUCGGGCUCGCGGUGCGCACUUUGUGUUUCAUCUGUCCGUCAUACAGAUCGCACGAUCGCAUCGGUCUCGAUAUACGCACGUUUUACUCUUUCGCUCUCUCUCUCUCUCUCUCUCGCGACGACACUUAAUUCCCUGCUGCAUUCGGUUGCUUCGUGCGUCGCCUCCUCACGUCUUGGACGGGAUUUCUCGACAAGUUGGACUCUCUUUCUGCACGGCGACAUAUAAUAAGGGUCCAAAGAUGCCGUUAUCGGAGUUCCGCAAGAAAAAACUACUCUUCGUCUUCAACGCUUUCUUCGACGUUAAUCAAAGUGGCACCAUCGACAUAAAGGACUUUGAUCUUGCCGUGCAACGAAUCUGCAACUCCAGGCAUUGGAAACCGGACGAUGCCACAUCACAACAGAUCAAAGACACUUUAACUAAAGUUUGGGAGGGUCUGAAACAACGGGCCGACGCCGAUCAAGACGGACAGAUCAGUCGAGACGAGUGGUACUCGAUGUGGGAAGAGUACGCGAAAGACCCGGCGCACGCACUCGAGUGGCAACAAACGUACAUGAACUUCAUGUUCGAUCUGGAGGAUUCUUCCGGUGAUGGAUCGAUCGACGAGACUGAAUUCAGCAAGGUGUGCGGCAGUCACGGCGUCGAGGAGGCCGAGGCACGUGAGGCGUUCAAGAAAUUGGGGGUGGGCACGGAGGUGACUCGUGAGAAAUUCGCCGAUUUGUGGAAGCAAUAUUUCUGCUCCGACGACCCGGGCGUACCUGGAAACUUUAUAUUCGGAAAGACUUCCUUCUAACUCCGCCACCCUGCGAGACCGAAGACGCGCAUAUACAUAUUUUACGACGGAUUAACGUUUUACGCAAACACGCGACUCGUUAAUGAGAUAGUCGCGAUCCUGUAAUCUAAUAGUCAAAAUUCUAUUUCGUUUAUCACUCCUCGCUGUGUGAUUAUAUCAAGAUGGUGAGUAUAAUUAAACGAUUGAGAGAACUUUGCCUUGUACCUUCUGCUCUUUAUUACGGCUCUCUUGCACACAGUUGCAGCGUGUUUAAAUUGCGUUUACUACGGUAAAAUAAUUUCAGCCGAAUAGCAAAAUUUCGUCACACUAGAUCAUUUAGAGUUUGCAAUUUUAUUUAUCGCGUUACACCGGACAUUUUUAUCGCGUCCAUUAAAGAUUGGCACGCAACAAGGGAAAGUUAACGAAAUAAAAUAAACUUAAUCGGCAGCUCUUUCUUUCGUUGCUACCCCGCGUUAUUUCUUUGACGACUACUUUAAUCUUUCUGCCCGAUUCCAAAAUUUUCUGGAGCUUUGCUUUCGAUGUUCGACACGGCCGAAGUACUACGAAAACUCUACAAAUAAAUCUAAAGAUGCAUUGGUUUCUUUGAUUACAAAGCUUUCUAUGCUAAAUAUUUUAUAAGUGCGUGCUAGGAUUAAGUAUCUAUCUUUAUAGCGCAUAUCGAUCCAUUAUCACCGAGGAGCUAAUUAUGCUUCAUAGUUUGUAAAUAAAUGCCCUUCAAAUUAAUCAUAAAAGUGAUUACGCUAUUACGAUACGCGAAACGACAGGCGGGUGGCGAUCGAGAUGUUUUUCAUUGCAUUGUAUUCGGAACGCGUCCAUUAGGAUUGAGAGAUCAAUCAAUGAAAUCCGUAAAAGUUUACUUUUCUUGUACCGCCGAUCUCAUUUUGAGUAUACAUACGUCGAAUUGAACGAUACUCGUUUCGACAAUUUGCUGAAUCAAUUAACAUUUAGCGCCAAAAUGAGAGACGGAGACAAAAAGAGAAAAGACAGUGAGGCUCCCGACCUGCGAAAGAUAUUUCGAGAAUCGAAAAGAGUGCACUGAAAAAAAUUUCGCUACCGUAGCUAAUCAUGAUUUGCUAAAAAUAUUUUGCUGCCAUGACUAUAAAUUUUUAAAGGCACAGCAAACGGGUUUGCAAUCGUACCUAAUACAAUACAGUAGCAAAAUAUUAGCUAUCACAACUAAAUACUAGCUGUGCAUAUUCUACAACUAAAAUUUGGUUACUGCAUGCAGUUUUUAGCUACGGCAGCUACAUUCUUUUCCGUGUACCAAACCCAAGCGAAACAAGAAGUCAUGAUGAAGUCAACAUCACAUCAAAAUGACAUAAUGAUGUAAAAGCCAUAUUUUGAUCAUGACAAAAAAUUGAUAAAAUUAUGAUCUUGAAAUGUGGAGAUGCCGUUUUAUUGAUGGUUCGCCAUAAUUUGAACUUAUUGCCAGGUUAUUUCUGGCACUCAACAUUGUAUGUUAAUAAAUAUGUAUGCAAAAUGUUUUUUUAACAGUACUGAUACUAUUAUGAUAAGAAAUAUGAUUUGUAAGUAUGAUAAAAUAUUGAUUGAGCUUUUAUUUUGUAUCUUGUGAAUGGAAAAUCAAGAUAUCAUCGUUUCAAAAAUGAACUAUUUUCACAAAUUCGUUAAGUAUAAUAUUUGUGAGAUUUUAAUUAUUCCUUGCGCAUAAGUGAUUCGUGUUCUUUCAGUAAAAGCCACCGAAAAAUCAAAAUAUGGUCAUAAAUACGUCAAGUUAAGUUUCAUUAAAAGUAUUAAAUGACAUUAUCUUGCGAUAUCUUUUCAGAAAUGAUUACUUUUUGUUUCCUGACUUUUAAAUGACUUUUUGUUCUGUUUUGAAACAAGCUCACCUCUUGCAAUAUUUUUUUAAAGGUACGGUAGUAUUCACUUUACCAAUAGUUAUCCUUUGCCAAUCCUUUGUACAGAGCGAGGCUUUUUUAUUAAUUUGAAUCCCUUUUACUCUCUCUUGUUUUGUUAGUAUAUAUCGUAGUAGUUUGUAUCUGUUUCCGAGCCACGCUUUUUUGCCGAAGAGAGGAAUUUAAUCGUCAGGUACGGAAACCUCGUGUGCGAGCGAUUUACGAAAAAAGAAGAAAGCGCGAAGCAGAUUGAUAAUAAACAUGUUACUUGAUUAACGACUGUUUCAUCAUGCAAUGACGUGUGUUAUAUCACAUUGUAAAGCAAAUAUUGUAAAGCGUACAUUGUUACGUUGUACGAAAAUUGAAUUUUAUAUAGACAGUCGUUCGAUCAAUUGGCGAUUAACUGGCGCCAUAUUGUCGCUUUACUGUCAAUUACUAUCUCAUUGUGUUACAAAUGUGACGGAAAUUGCGUUGUGUAACAGAGAUCGUUGUUGUGUCACUGUAUCUUAUAUAAGUAUAUAAAUGCAUUCAAAUGCAUUGUGAAAUUAGGUGUUUUUCGGAAAUUAACGGUUGUGUUGUAACAAUGGGUGUGUAUCCUACUGUAUGAAGAGCAAAUUGAAUUGCUUGGAACGAUAGUAAUCUAAUUUGCGUAUCUCAAUGUUGAUUUCCGUUAAACGGUAAACAUUUUUGCGACUGACGACGCUUGAAAAAUUGUAUUCCUUAGAUUCGUUUUAAUUAUCAAUCACUGCCGCCGUAGAGAGACAAACAUAACGUACGUAUUAUAUCAAAACAGCAGUAUGUUCGAUUCCAGCGAGUGUAAAUAAUGUUAAAUCAUCAUACGAAUAUUUUCUGUACCUAUUAGAGAAAGUGGAUGUAUCGAUAAUAACCGCAGAAUUCUCGUCCGCCAUAAGUCACGUAACAAUCAUUCAACAGACAUACGAUAAUGCGGCUAUAAACUAGAAAGAAAUAUGUAUAUGAGUGUGAUGAAACAUACGCUGUCAAUUGAAAACAUCCCGAUACGGAUUAAGCAGCACCGUUUAAUUUUAACAAAACAAUUCACAACGCGUGCACUUUCGUUCGUAAUUUUAUGCACGGAAAAAAGUGGUGUUGUGUCAACAAUAUCAGUGUAAUUGAAAUGAAGUCGUUGAAACAACAUCAGUAUUAAUAAAUGAAAAAUAUCUGAUAGU